AUGAAAUGGUCGGAAAGGCCAUUAUGGUACGAUGUUUACGUAGCCCAUCCCCCGUUAGCCCCUCAUGACUGGAAUGUUAAGCACCCAAAGUAUGAUGAACCGGUUCGGAAAAUUUUCUAUGAAGAAGAUCGUGUACGAGCAGCUUUUUACAAAAAAUAUCGAGGAGGUAUUAUGAAUUUGGAAAGUCCACGAGAGAGCCUUUCUCGACAAUUCAUCAAGGAAUACGAGACUGUUAAAAACGAACUCGCCGGUCCGCUCGACUUUCAUCGAGUUUUUCAAACAAAAGAAGGCCACACGUACGUGCACUCAUCGUCUGUGAUUCCACACGAUGAUCCUACUCUCCUCUUUGCCAAUGCAGGAAUGAAUCAGUUCAAACCGCUGUUCCUCGGCAUUGCCGACCCCAACAGUGACCUGGCCAAGUUGAAACGUGCAGUAAAUACGCAGAAGUGCAUACGUGCUGGUGGAAAGCAUAACGAUUUGGACGAUGUAGGAAAAGACGUCUAUCACCACACAUUCUUUGAGAUGCUUGGGAACUGGUCCUUUGGGGACUAUUUCAAGAAAGAAGUCAUCACCUGGGCAUGGGAGCUUCUGACAGAAGUCUACGGAAUCCCAGCUGAUCGGCUUUAUGUCUCUUACUUUGGGGGAGACGACAAGGCCGGCAUACCGGCAGACGAAGAAGCGAGGAGCAUAUGGCUCAGUCUUGGGUUGCCCGAAAACCGAAUUCUACCGUUUGGGAUGAAGGACAACUUCUGGGAAAUGGGCGAUGUUGGACCAUGUGGUCCUUGUUCGGAGAUUCACUUUGAUCGAAUCGGAGGGCGUGACGCUUCUCAUUUGGUCAAUGCUGAUGAUCCAAUGGUUGUUGAGAUCUGGAAUUUGGUCUUCAUCCAGUUCAACAGGGAAGAGGGUGGUGACCUGCGUCCUCUCCCUGCCAAGCACAUUGAUUGCGGUCUUGGUUUAGAACGUUUGAUUGCUGUGCUUCAGCAGAAGACAUCCAAUUAUGACACCGAUAUGUUCCAGCCCAUUUUUAAAGCUAUCCAGGAGUUCCGUGACACACUCGAUCUUGAUGUCCAUGCACUUGCUGAACUCCAAAAGCGAGGUAUCCCUACCACGGACGAUUCGUUCAAAUACAGGUACAAGGCUGAGGGACCCAAUGACGGGACUGUGAAGUACACAUUCGAGACGUGUACCGGCAAGAUUCUUGCCAUCCGUUGUGAUGGUAAAUUUGUCGAUUCCAUAGAAGCUGGUGUUGAGGGUGCUUUGUUGCUUGACAAGACGAAUUUCUAUGCAGAACAAGGUGGACAGAUCUAUGACACUGGAGUGCUGAUCUCCACAGACGAUGAGGUUCGGAAAAUUUUCUAUGAAGAAGAUCGUGUACGAGCAGCUUUUUACAAAAAAUAUCGAGGAGGUAUUAUGAAUUUGGAAAGUCCACGAGAGAGCCUUUCUCGACAAUUCAUCAAGGAAUACGAGACUGUUAAAAACGAACUCGCCGAAAGAAGUCUAUCACAUGGCAUGGCGAGCCUUCUGACAGAAGUCUACGGAAUCCCAGCUGAUCGGCUUUAUGUCUCUUACUUUGGGGGAGACGACAAGGCCGGCAUACCGGCAGACGAAGAAGCGAGGAGCAUAUGGCUCAGUCUUGGGUUGCCCGAAAACCGAAUUCUACCGUUUGGGAUGAAGGACAACUUCUGGGAAAUGGGCGAUGUUGGACCAUGUGGUCCUUGUUCGGAGAUUCACUUUGAUCGAAUCGGAGGGCGUGACGCUUCUCAUUUGGUCAAUGCUGAUGAUCCAAUGGUUGUUGAGAUCUGGAAUCUGGUCUUCAUCCAGUUCAACAGGGAAGAGGGUGGUGACCUGCGUCCUCUCCCUGCCAAGCACAUUGAUUGCGGUCUUGGUUUAGAACGUUUGAUUGCUGUACUUCAGCAGAAGACAUCCAAUUAUGACACCGAUAUGUUCCAGCCCAUUUUCAAAGCUAUCCAGGAGGGUGACACAUUCCCAGAACUUCGCCGUGAUCCUGAAACAGUUCGAGACAUUAUCAACGAUGAAGAGAAGCAGUUCCUGAAAACGUUGGUCCGUGGUCGCAGACUGUUCCAGCGUGCAGUUGCAGGACUAGGGACUGAUGAAAAGACAUUCCCUGGUGAUGUAGCCUGGCGUUUAUACGACACCUAUGGAUUCCCUGCCGACUUGACACAACUUAUGGCUGAGGAGAAAGGGCUGACUGUCGAUCAAAAGCUUUCGAAGAGUGCAGAAAGAAAGCUGUUGGGUUUAGUUGCUGGGCGGUAUCAUCCUAUGAGCUUGAAGCUGCUGUGUGUUGAGGGUGCUUUGUUGCUUGACAAGACGAAUUUCUAUGCAGAACAAGGUGGUCAGAUCUAUGACACUGGAGUGCUGAUCUCCACAGACGAUGAGGAACGUCGUGCACUCAUUAUGAAAAAUCAUACCGCCACUCAUGUUCUGAAUCACGCUCUUCGUUGUGUGUUGACCGAUUCCGAUCAGAAAGGAUCUUUAGUUGCUCCGGAUCGACUUCGAUUUGAUUUCACGAACAAGCAGGCGAUGACUAUCAAGCAGGUGAAAGAAGCCGAGGAGAUAGUCCAGUCAAUCAUAGACACCCGAGAACCCGUCUAUGCUAAAGAAGCCCCGCUACCUCAAGCUCGUGAAAUCACUGGACUGAGGGCCAUGUUCGAUGAAAAUUACCCUGAUCCUGUUAGAGUGGUGUGCGUUGGGGUACCCGUAGAAAAGCUUCUGUCUGAUCCGAAGAGCGGUGCUGGUUUGAAGACAACUGUAGAGUUCUGUGGUGGAACGCAUCUUCACAACGUUGGACAUAUUGGGCAUAUGGUGAUUUCAUCCGAAGAGGCUAUUGCUAAAGGAAUUCGACGAAUAGUAGCACUGUCAGGACCAGAAGCCGAAAGAGCAUUACAUCGUGCAGAAAGAUUAGCAGCAAGGACUCAGGCCCUAUCAGAUGAAAUAAAAGCAAAUACGAAUUUAGCCAUGGAUUCCGAAAAGUUCAAAACGACGUCAAAGCAAAUACAAGAAUUGAUAGAUGUUCUUUCUGAAGCUAAAGAAUUGGCUCAGAACGGUAACCAAGAUGUAGUUGUGCAUGUAUUUGCCUCUGGAGCCACUAGUAAGGCGCUAGACAAUGCCUUGAAACAACUAAAGAGUACCAAAGCCGUUAUGGGAUUUUCUGUCAAUGAAGACAGUGGAAAAGUCCUUGUACUAGCCAAAGUGGACAAGUCUCUUGUUGAUGGAGGCUUGAAGGCGAAUCUCUGGGUUAAUGAGGUGUGCACGGUUCUUGGCGGUCGCGGUGGUGGAAAAGAUGCUAAUGCUCAGGCAACCUGUGAAAAUGUCGAUCGAUUAGACGAAGCAGUUGAAUUGGCAUUGAAAUUCGCCCAGGCCUCUAUCGCAUAA